CAAAACAACCAUGCACAAUAUGUGGUCUUCAUGUAAAAUGUUGGUUUUCAAAGAGCUUGUGGAUGCAUGCCAGGACGAAUAUUGUCAUGAAAUUUGGUUUCAGGCUUAGGUCAUUAACCGCAGAGUACAAAACAAUUUGAAAGAAUCUGUUGACAGUUGGUGAAAAUGAUACUCCAGAUGGCUUACAAACUUACUAGACUGUUGGGACCUGGAUCUACCUGUAGAAGAAGCUUUUCAUUGCUCUCUAAUACCAGUCCUUACAUUCCUCAUUCAAGUUGGUCAACUAUAUUUCAGUCUGUCUUUAGAAGCCCAAAAGAAAGUGCUUGUUAUGUUAAAUCACCCUUACGUGGAAUUCGAUCUCUACAUAUAAGAAGCAGAUGUGGAAUAGGUAACAAAAUGACAAGGCCAUAUCGUCAACCUCAGCUGCAAAACGGGCCAUUUUCCCCUUCACGUUGCAGCUCAGAGGCGUGCAACAGAGAGUUGGAUACCAUCGAGGAUGAGGUCACAGUGGAUUGUCAAAAAGGGCAAGAAACAUUGAAAGAUUUUCUGAUGUUGGCUGAAUCUAGGGGCAUGCGCGUGAGCACAGCAGAGUUGAAGAAAGUUAUAGAUGAUGUUAUUGCUGCUGUUUAUUCCAAUGGAAAAUAUCCUUUUAUAGCUCUGUAUGAUAUAUUUCAAGAUCAAAGUUCUACAGGAAAAAUGGGAUCAGCUGGAGAAACAGGUAUUUUACAACUGUUCCGUGAGCAGCCUUUAUUGAAAGACUUGGCUACCUGUCCCGAGAUUGAACCCUUGUUAGCACUGAUCAAUGAUAAUUUGCCGGCUAUGACUGCAAAGGACAAGGCUCACCUAUACUUCUGCCUAAACUAUUUGGGAAUACAUGAAGUACAUGCCAACCACCCAGUGAUGCACAAACUGUUCUAUGUUUUAACUGAGCCGGCAGGAGGACUCGACUUUGAAGAUAUCUGCAAGUUUAAAUUGGUUUUAGAAACUAUUUCACAUCAAGAGUUAGUGAGGAACCAACUUUUGCUCCCACAUUAUAGGCAUCUAAAUUCUGUGGGUAUUCUGAAUGGAUUAGAAAAGCAACAGUUUGUGCGAGCGAUGUCAUACUCACCAAGGCUGUAUAACAGGUUUGACAAUACCUAUUCUGUCCCUGUGAAUUUCUCCCAGAUUUGGCAUGCUCUGGUUACAGAUGAGGAUAUUAUGAAUAAUCCUGAAAACAUUGUGAUUAUUCUAAACCAUUUUGGUUAUCAUGCACAUCAAGAGAUUAUUCCAUAUAUAGUUAAAACCGAUAUCUAUGGUAGAAUCGAAGGAGCCAUUCUACGACAGUUGGAAAAUAUGGACAUCAAAACUCUAGGCAAACUAUCUGAAGCAAAGGGGUUCAUGGAAUUUACUGAUACUUCCAGGGGAUUGAAAUCUGCAUUGCCAGAUCAUUUGCAGAGAAUAUUGCACAGCACAUCAAAUAUGAAUACCGUUGAUAUGCUCAGUGUAAUGAAUUUCUAUAGAAUUAGUGAUUUUCAGCUCCCACAGGAUGCUCUUGCUAUUCUUAUUCAGCAAAUAGAGAAAAACUUUCCUGAGUUAAAAUUAAUCCAUUCUAUCGCCUUUCUGAAUAUGUUGUGUAUAAUGAUGAGGAAACACAAAAAUGAAAGCCUCCCUCAUUUUGACAGACUGAUGACUUUAAUGAACACAGAUUCUAAGGCCGAAAUGUUUGCAUCAAAAAUAGCUUUUGAAAGGUUAGUGAUUAAGUGGAAGCUGCUCAGCCUAACUCCUGAGGCCUUCAAGACAUACAUACAGCAAAAUUUGCUUCUCAACAAAGGAUUUGGUACAAACAGAAGGUGGUUACCUGUUGUAUUGCAAGUGAUGGAAAAAAAGUUUGACGAUUAUGUUCUUAAAAAGGAUUUGAAGGAAAGGAUCUUUUCUGUUUGUGAAGGGGAAAUGAGUGUGAACUCCCUUCUGUGUAUGUGUUUCUCUAUUCAUCAUGUGUCAACCAUCUCAUACAACCUUGAUAUUAACCAUGAACAAAUCGAGUUUUAUAAAGAAAUUCUACAAUUGUUCAAUAGAAAGUUGGCUGACACAACUGAUCUAAAAGUAGUAGCAGAAUGCUUUACAACUCGCCAUGAUAUUAGGAAGCAUCAAGGUUGUUCUGUAAUGAUGAAGGAUGCCUUAGAAAACUUGAUAGACAGGACAUCAGCAUUGAUGCUACUUCCACAUCAACAAACAGAUGCUGUAAGCCUUGCUAAAAUGAUAAACCAUCACUUCUACAGACUGUCCAAAGAGUUCUUUCACCUCACGACACCUGCUGUGGACCAACUGGUCACCAACCUGUUGGCUGAAGAACAAACCUGUGGUACUGACGAUUUUGUUACCCUGACAAAUCUGAUAGCAUCUGGUGUUAUGAGCAAAUCAAAGCGGCAACAGUUAGAACAGUUUGCAGAUAUGUUAUUUGAGGAAAACAUGGAUUUCAUGAAUCUGGACGCCUUAUUGCUUGGUCUUGACAACUUGUGUCUGGCAGGUGUAUUUCCUCCCAAAACUCUUACAGCGGUCAUGUCACCGGAUUUUCUUACAGCUUUGGAUCAAUGCAUCAGCGAAAAGUCACAUCGAGUUAUUUCCAGAGAACAUAUUGAGUAUCAUCUGCUGCGGUUGAACCGCAGUGUUGUUUUUGAAUGUCCUGCAUUGCACAUACCAUGGUUCUGUGGGAAGUUUGCUGUUGUUCACAGGAUGCCUCGAUAUGAAUAUCUCCAAAAGUUUUGUAAGAAGACUGAGAAUGUACUGUUGGAAAUUUUGGGUGGAGAGAAGUUCCUGAGCGUGAAUUCAAUAACCCGGUUCAAGCACUCAGUAGAUUUUCAGUGUUUUAUAAGUCCACAAGGCUUUCCUGUUGCACUAGACAGAAUCAACUUUGACUUGCCUGUAUCUGCUGGUAUUCAAAAGAUUGCUAUAGACGUGAUCCCUUCUAGCCUAUGGGGCAAUGAACUAGAUGUCAUGUACCAAGAAAAGAAAAGGCAUUUGAAAAAGGAAGACUACAAAUAUAUACAGGUGAAAAAGGACCACAUGUGUGGACUGGCUUUGUCAGGAACGGAGCAACUCCGCGAAUACUACACUGAACAAAUCUUCGGUUAAGUAGGAAUUGUCUGGAAGAACAAUUAUUCAAGAUUUAUUUUUUGUCUGUGAUGAAAAUCAUGAUUGAUGAUGGAAUGUUGAUAGAAUCAAGGAAAUAGCCAUUACUGACCAAAAACUCCACUUCUUUGUAAAAUUUGACAAGAAAUCCAAUGGUAUAUUUUUUUUACAUUUGUUUGAAAUUAUUAUAAAUCAGGAGCCUUCUGCAGUGUAGGGUUGGGGAAAAUUCUAAACAAAUAAUCUGCCCAAAGACCAAGUGAGGUUGUGCUCUGGUAUGGCCUUCCUCUUUUAUUCAUUGUCGAUCUGUCAGUUUUUCUUUUUAAACACUACCAGUCCAGAGCGACAAAAAUUACUCUUUAACAAGUUUUUGUAUGAAGCAACCCAGAGUCAACGUACAUAGGUUGUGAUCACAUAGGUGGAGAGGUUUCAUGGGCUCAAUGAGGAAAAUACUGUUAAAUUAUCUGGAGCUGCCAUCCAAGUAUGCCUAGAAAGAUUUAAACUGAAUCUGGUACGAAACAUUCCUAAGUUCAUGGGAUUACAUUUUGUAUAAAUGAUGGAUAGCAAACUUUGAAAAAUGCUAUUUUUAUAAUUAUACAGCUAACGAUAUAAAACAUCAUCACAUCAGUAGUUGUGUGCCAAUUGACCUUUAUCUUAUUGUGAAAACUUUUUUUAAUUGAUUAAUUUAAGUCAAAAUUAAAUUCAACUGUGAUUAGUAUCGUAAAAUCUGCUGAAUGACUUAUAUUUAUUUGUAAAUAUCUGUGUCAUAGAUAUAAAUAAUUGCAAAACUCUCUGAUUGUUUUGCAUAGUUUUGAGGUGUUGUUACAUAGAGGAUUUGAAUACAUACAUGGUACAUUUUUUAAUCAUUAGUGAAUUACAUUAUGCAGUGACCCCAUAAAAAAUCUCUCCUUAAACUCCAACCUCCUUACUUCAAAAUACAGGUCUGCCUACCUUGUGCUUUAAAGUCAUCACAUGUAUGGCAUUGAUGUUACAGUGGAGAUUUUUGUGGUGUAUAAAUGCUCAUGUAGAUUAUAGAUAAUAGAUAUAUAGAAUUCAUUACCAUUGUCGUUGUGAACAUUUCGACAUCACAAAGAGUUUAAAGUGACAAUGUGAGCAUAUGCACACUCAGAAGUUUCCACUUUACAGUAGCUAUCUGUUCAGAUUAAAACUGUUUGAUCAAACAUAAAAUAGUUCAGAUUAACCCUUUCACCACUGUAGACCAGUAUGGACUCGUCCAGAUCAAUGCAUGGUAGAGUCUAUUAAAGUUACAUAGGGCUGAAAGGGUUCAGUAUACUUAGUGGAGUAUGUCCUACUUCAGAGUCAGAUUUCUUAAUCCAGCACUGAUUCAGAUUAUAUGAUCUGAUAGCUGUAUCUUGUUUAAAUUCAGAAUACAUUAAUUUUGUCGAGUAGCCAUUAAUUGAGAUUGAGAAUAUUUGAUUGUGGGUGAAAUAUUGAUAUUGAUAUUGUUCAUUUUUGUACAGUCUUAUUGCCCAUCAACAAUUCAGUCAUAAUGCCCAAUAUUCAUUUACUGAAAAUAUUAAUCCAUGAAGAUGUGUAAUCAAAGGGCAGUAUUUCAGAUCAAAUCAUGAUCAUCAAUCAAGCCACGAUUAGUUGAAAUCGGGAUAUGGUGAAGUUGAGUUAAGUCAGAUGUGAUGGAUACGCCCAUGUUAUCCUAGCCUGGUUCUAGGUUUGAUUGGUUUGUAUUUGUGAGGUCGUUAAAGUGUGAGUAACAUGAAAUACCGUUGAGAUGGUUUUUUAAUGUGAUUGGUAUGACAUCAUAAUGACAGAUACAAAAGACCAGGAUCUAUUGCAAAAAAGGAAAAUUUUGUGAUGUGGAAAUGCUUCUAUUUUUCAGGUUGAGUAAAUUCAUGUGAAAAUAUCCAUAAGCGAUUAUUAUUUAUAGAUUACAAAGAUUAAAGAUGUAUAGGAUAUACAGAUUUCAGCACCCUGGACAACACAAAAAUGUCCACACCAGAGACAACAUCAAACAUUUCCACAUGCGAAAUAUUCCAUUUUUGCAGGACUGGAGGGGUUUUUCAAUAAAGCAAUAUCCCGAGAAAAAUCGUAAUGUGUUAGAAUAUUAAAGGAUCUUGAAAUUAUUUCAUAAACCAUUUUUCAAACUGUGACAACAUUUUUCAAUUCACAUUAUAUGUAUAUUUUCCUUUAAGAAUAAGAAAACAACCUUCCAGGGUUUCAAUAGGCAAUGGUAUUGUAUACCAGUGCAGUUUCUUAUUCUCAAAUUGGCUGGAUUAUUUUUGGGGUUGUAUGGUACAUACCGAAAAAACUGCGUCCACUUUGCAUAAAUCCUUGUUAUUUAACUAUAUGCUGUACGACCCCAAAAAUAAUCCUGCCAAUUUGAGAACAAGAAACUUAUAAUUGAAUUUGAAGUUACAGACAACAUUUAUUAGAUAAACAGCGUUACUUUACACGGGGAACUGUUUAUUUUCACAUUAUUUAAUUUGCUACAUAUCUGAAACUAAUGGUGAUAUAAGCCACUUAUAAGCCCUGUUUUAAUUUACCUCAUAUAAAAAUUGUCAUAUAUGAGGUUUAUGUACAUGUACAUUUAAACAAAAUGUAAAUAUAUCUCAAUAAAACAAUACAUUGUUUAUUGUGUGAACAAG